AUGGUAACCCUCCGCGCUCCAUCGUCCCUGCCGUCUACCGAACCGUCCCCCUCGCUCGCACCACCCACUCUGUCAUGGCUAUCGGGCUCCUGGAAUGUAACCCACUCCACGCUUCCUAUGUGGAAGAAGUCGCGCAACGUACGCAUCACCUACACGGCCAUUCCCGACACGCAGCCCGCGCAAAUCGACGACGUCGUCACGUACCAAUCCCUCGGCUCUGAGAAGAUCAAGACGGUGCAUGGUGUGGAUAAGCCGUUCGACGUGCCAAACACGGCCUCAGCGCCAGAUGCAGAGGGUGGUGACGGCGUAGCGAGUCUCGGAUACAACUGGCGUGGCAAGGGAUGGCUGGUGAUUGCGACGAGCAAGUGGGAAAUACUGGGCUAUGGUGAUGAGGAAGGCACAGGGAACAGCUGGGUCGUGACAUACUUCGCGAAGACCCUGUUCACGCCUGCAGGCGUAGACUUCUAUUCGCGGAACGGCAACCUGACGCCUCAGACGGUUGAGGGUAUCAAGGCUGGGCUUGCUCGACUGGGUGGCGAGGUCGCAAAGUUGGCAGGCGAGGUGUUUGAGGUCAAGAUGGAUGGGGACAGGAAGGACUAA